CGGCUGGUCUCGACAAUGGCCUCUGAUUUCUUGGGUUCCUCAUAUACAGUCUUUCUUCUCAGUCUCAACGGCUUCUUCCAGCAUCUCAUUAAUCAGUGUGAAUCUUUCGUUGCAGUCCCAACAGCAUCUGCGGGCCAGAAAAUUCCCUUCAUUAAUAUCAAUCACGACUUUCUUUUACCAAAAUGAAGUACUCGAUACUCCUCGCCUCAUUGGCGCCUACGAUGAUGGCCGCACCACUCACUCGCGAUACGUUUGAAUGGACGCCAACAUUAGCUGGUUACUUCGACGUUGUCUUUCAAUACAUGCAACAAGCUAAACAACCUGGCCAACCAUCGCCAACUUGUGAUCUGUCAAAAGCUGCUAUGCCGAUCGCACCGUCACCACUACCGAGUCCGGCGGGUUUGGUUCUUGAACAUGUUGCCGUAGGCAGAGGUGUUCAGAACUAUACGUGCGCCAAUGCCACGGCCACUCCUGCAGCAGUCGGAGCUGUUGCAAGAUUCUACAAUGCCUCGUGUGUGGCUGCCGACUAUCCAGAUCUCCUCGGUCUGAUCCCCAACCUGGCAUUACAAUACCCUCUGCCAGCCGAUCCAUCUGCUCCUCUUGCACCCUCGGAGCUUCAGCUUUCAUCUCAUCACUUCUUUUCCAAUACCACCACUCCGGUUUUUACUUUUGACACUCCCGAGUCCCCCGACUUCGGCACUAUCUUUGCACAGAAAGUGCACUCCUCCGAUGCACCGGCCAAUGCAGUCCCCGGCAUCAGCGGUACUGGCAACGGUGCAGUCCCCUGGCUAUACCUGACAUCCCGAUCCGAUACUGAAAGCGAAAUCAAGGCCGUCUACCGCUUGAGCACGGCGGGUGGACAGCCACCGGAGACAUGUGCAGACAUGCCUGCGGCUUUCAGCGUGGACUACUCGGCGACGUAUUGGUUCUACAAGUAGGAGAGUAAUGUGCUGUCGAGACUGAUUGUGUUUUCACUUUGCACGGCGUUGGGGUCAUGUACAUAGCAUUUCUGGGGGCACUAAUGCCCAUAGUGGGCGGUAUUCUUCAUGGAUAUUAAGAUUUUGCGAAGCUGUCGGGUAGUUCAUAUUGCUGGAAUAUAUACCCCCAGAUACAUCUGAGAAAAUGGCAACGCUUCCCCACGGGAUGAUAUUACAGUUAUGCUCUUCAUCCU